AUGAUUCUUGUCGAUUCUUGUAUGUCAAGUAAAUAUGUACGUAAAAAACGGGAGAGAGGCAAGAGACGUCAAUCAUCUAUUCCAGAUGAUAUAUACAACGCUCUCAUCAAGAUUGUCGAAGGACAACAACUUCCACCAGUAAAGAUCCGAACAGAAGCAGAGAAUAAUGCAAUAGUACGCUUUUGGAGAUCUAAAGGGGAUAUAACGCUUAAAAUAGAGAAUGGAAAAAAACUCCUAUACUGCAAGGGACGUCGCUUGCUAAGAAGUAGUGAAAUAAAUAACGUUGUCACAGAACAAUUCCAUCGCACAAAAGGAUCUGGUGCUGCUAAAAUAGUAUAUUCUUUACGCGACAACUUGAUUGGACUAAGCAGAAAAAAGGUUCAAGAAAUUCUUAAUAGUGAUAAGUUUCACUACAAAAGAAAUGCAAAGUUCUACAAUAAGGCAACGUUGAACCCGAUUCGUGCGCGGGAUGUUCAAUCGAGGCAUCACAUAGACCUCAUGGAUUUAGGUAAAAGUGGUAUGCAGAUUUGUGUGGCUGCGUCCUAUGGCGGGAAAGAACAGCCAAGAAUCGCUAAAGCAUUACGAGAUAUCUACUAUGGACAUGGACCACCUCGUGUUAUACAAUGUGACCAGGGGACCGAAUUCAAAGGCGCGAUCAGAAAACUAUGCCAAAGGUUCGAAAUCAAAAUAAUUUGUGGUCGCCCCUACCACCCUCAAUCGCAGGGGAAGGUGGAAAGAAGCGACAAGACGUUAAGAGCAAAAAUGGAGUACGAUUUAGCUAAAAUGUGUGAUGAAGGCAUUAAUUGGGCAAGGGGACUUCCCAUUUAUCAACGCAUACUUAACGAAGACCCAAAAGAG